AUGAUCCCCGGCAGAGAUAUCCCACCUGCUCGCGCUCGCGGCCCGCAGCCUCGCGGCGGCUGUGCAGGAAGAAGAUUCGGAGGAGGAGGGAGUUGGCGGCCGCCGAGGUCGGGCAGCGGGCCCCGUCCGCGGCGGGCGCGCUCCGCGGUCCUCCCUCGCUCGUCUCCCAUGCUCAUAUUUGGACUCGGCUGCCCGUGCCCAGGAAUUUCCCGUCAUGCCUCCCGCCGCCCCGUCCGUCGCCCGGAGCCUGGGAGGGAGGGAGGGAGGGAGGCUCGGACGGCGGCGGCGGCUCCCUAACCCUUCCAUGAGCCCGCGGCGGACCCUCCCGCGCCCCCUCUCGCUCUGCCUCUGCCUCUGGCUCGCCACGGUCGUGGCGCGGGGAGACGCGCAGUCAGGGUCAUGUAGGGAUAAAAAGAACUGUAAGGUGGUCUUUUCCCAGCAGGAACUAAGGAAGCGGCUAACACCCCUGCAGUACCAUGUCACUCAGGAGAAAGGGACCGAAAGUGCCUUUGAAGGAGAAUAUACACAUCACAAAGAUCCUGGAAUAUAUAAAUGUGUUGUUUGUGGAACUCCACUGUUCAAGUCAGAAAGCAAGUUUGACUCCGGCUCAGGCUGGCCUUCAUUCCACGAUGUGAUCAGUUCUGAUGCAAUCACGUUUACUGACGACUUUUCCUACGGGAUGCACAGGGUGGAAACGAGCUGCUCUCAGUGCGGAGCUCACCUCGGGCACAUUUUCGACGACGGGCCCCGUCCCACCGGCAAGAGAUACUGCAUAAAUUCGGCGUCGCUGUCGUUCAGCCCCGCGGGCGGCCCGGGCGCCGAGGGUGGCCCAGCCCCGGGCGGCAGAGCCGAGCUGUAGGCCGCGGAGCGCGGCGGGGCAAGUGUGCUUAACGCGCAGCUUGUUAAAAAAAAAAUACUCAGAAUUGUCUAUCUUAGAUAUAUUUUUUCAGAACAAUCGAAGGGCAGUUUUGUGCUAUAGGCUAUUUUUCUUCUUCGCUCAGCCAGAGGCCCCGGGCGGCGGUGGAUGUGGCUAUCGCCAGGGUCGGACCGUUGGUAACCUCAGCGGGCGGACAGCCGCCGUGUGCUGAGCCUCUCUCCCAAGCCACCUGAGUACCGUUUGGCAUUAUUUUCUUUGAGCACAUAGCUUCUUUCUGAGAUUUCUCUACCCACCCCACCCCCCCCGCCGUGCUUAAGAGGCAGAGGGUGCCCGGUGUGGGCGCCGGAGAGAGCAGGGCACCGAGCGCAGGGCAGAAGGCCGGCGAGACACAUGGCCCCGAGGCAUUGGUGCAGGCCUCCCUGACACCGGGCGGCCGGACGCCUUAGGAGACCGCUCAGCUCUGUGGAAAGUUUGAGCUAAGGUCGUUUGUUCUCACUAAAAGGGUGUGAAGGUCUAAAGUCUUUCCUUAUGUUAAAUUGUUGCCAGAUCUGGGGGGGGGGGGCGCGGUUACACCGAGUGUUGUGGUGAAGUAAACAUUACCUCACGGUUAGGCCUUUAUUUUAUUUUAUUUUCCAUUGAAAACAUUGGAAUGUAAGGCAACUGUAAAACGCUGAGUCCCGUUUUGUCCAAAGUCCACAAAGAAGAACACCUGCCGUGGCCUUUCAGAAGUCCGUCCCUCCACACCUAGUAUCAGCUGCAGCUGGGAGGGUGCUUCGGUACAUCCCACUGUGGAAAAGAGAGCAUCGGGGACAACGCACCUCAGCGAGGCGGCAGAAGGAAGAGAGAGCGGAGAGGACCAAGGAGGAAGUCCCGGGUAUUCGAAUACCCAGGGCUGAGCAGAGAAGCCGACGAGAUACUCCGCAGACAGAGCCCGAAGCUGGGGAUCUUGUGCACAGAGGUCCGGGUGACCUCUGGAAGGAUGCUGGGGGUUAAAAUAGAAAGAACUAGGAGCUCAAUCCCACCCUGCUGUGUGACGAGGGACGAGCCAUUUAGCCUCUCCAUGCCUACUCUUCUUCUGUAUGAAUCGGGACUUAACAUGAUCUGUAAAACAACUGACACUCUCAGGGCAAAAUUACUAUAUUGCUGUGCAAUUAAGAUCGGCGUCGUAAAAUUAAACUGAUCUGGUUCUAAUUGCCUCAAAGGCUGAAGCCCAAGCAUUUGAAAUGGAAAGAAGCAGAGAGAAGGUUGACUUAACUGAUUGGUAUGGAAACAGUUGGGCCAAGAGCCAGAAAUUUUUCUUUGUAGCAAUAUGGCUGGUUUUGCUCUGCGAAGCUCUGCUCCGUUGCUGUGUAACAUUUGGCUGGGCGGGAUGGAUGUCAUUGUGCGCGGUCAGGUUUCGACAUGUAGGAACAGCGGCUCUUCAAGAGGGUGUUGCCAGAGCCGGGUUUGAGGGUGCUGUGUUUGUGGCCUCAAAUGCUAAUCCUGAAAUGUAGUUUUUAAAAAAUAUUACUUUUGUAAAUCUUUGAAAGCUUAUGAAAACUGACAUCUUUCCUUGUAAGCAUCAAGACAAAAAUAAGAAAGAGGGACACUUGACCGUUUUACUAUGGGAAACAAUGAGAAGUUAAAAUGAAAGGUGACAAAUCAAAGUGGCAGUGUGGUCAUGUCCACAUUCUUCCACAUGUCUACACCAGCUUCCUGGUGAGGCCCUGCCUGAGAUUCUGGUGACGACUUUGUCACGCAUGCUCUAGCUUCACGAUGCCCGGUAGGUCAUGCUUCUCCUUCCU